GGCUGUAAAUCUAACAACAAACACAGCCUAUACCUCAUCAACGCUAUAAAAGCUAAAAAACUAGUUAAAAGGCAAAACAAUUUAGCAUAAAAAGAAAGUUCCUCUCUCUCUCUCUCUCUCUCUCUUCUCCUCUUCCAUUUCUAUCUGGGCAUCGAUAUUAGCAGCUCCCUAUUUUUCAAUAUCGAUUUAUCUCUGCGUACAAUCGGCAAUCUUUAUUGUAUCUUAAUUUUCUCUGUACAAAUUAGGGCUAGGGUUUUAAAUUUUACUUUUUUUUAUUUAAUUUUUUAAUUUUUUUUCUUUUAAGCUUGUUAUAAGCUUUUAAUGAUAAAUUCCUUAUAUUGUUGUAUUCUUUUUAAUUUUUGGGUUUCAAUUUUGAUGAUCUUAGCCAUGUAAUGGAUUGUAUAUUGGGGAUAAAGAAUUAGGGUUUUUUUUUUCUUUUUUUUUUUUGGUAAUGGAAAUGGAGAGUACUGGUAGAUCCUUCGAUAGAUCGAGGGAACCGGGCUUGAAGAAGCCUCGAUUGGCCGAGGAUCGAACAAACGUUCAUGCUCGCCCUUUCCCUCAGAGGCCAGCUGCCGUACUGCCACCGCUGUCUUCUACUGCAAGAUUUAGAGCUACUAGCGAUAGAGAAUCAGAGAGCAAUGUUUUGAGCCGUGGCGGCGCGUACCAGCCGCAACCACAGCAAUAUCAGGAGCUCGUGAACCAGUACAAGACAGCUCUCGCGGAACUCACUUUCAAUUCGAAGCCUAUUAUCACUAACUUGACAAUAAUUGCUGGCGAAAAUCUCCAUGCAGCGAAGGCGAUUGCUGCCACUGUUUGCGCUAACAUUCUUGAGGUUCCCAGCGAACAAAAGCUGCCAUCACUUUAUCUUUUAGACUGUAUUGUAAAGAAUAUUGGGAGAGAUUACAUAAAAUACUUUGCUGCCAGACUACCUGAGGUAUUCUGCAAGGCGUAUAGGCAGGUUGAUCCUUCUGUGCAUUCAAGUAUGAGGCAUCUUUUUGGAACUUGGAAAGGAGUCUUCCCUCCUCAGUCACUUCAGAUGAUUGAGAAGGAACUUGGUUUUGCUACUGCAGCAAAUGGUUCAUCUUCUGGUGCUGCAACAUCUAGGCCUGAUGCACAGUCAAGGCGGCCACAACGUAGCAUUCAUGUUAACCCCAAGUAUUUGGAAAUACAGAGUCUUCAGCAAUCAGGCAGGCCAAAAGGACUGGCUAAUGACUCAACUGUUCCUUUAGCAAACACAACUGAGGAUGCAGGGAGUGCAGAAAGAGUAGUUGGUAUUGGUGCUGGACGUGCAUGGGUAGAUCCUCCUGUUAAAAUUCAGAACAUUCAGCAUUCUCAUAGAGAAACACUAAGUGAACCUGUUCAUGAGAAGAAAAGCAGUGCUGUGUAUGGAGAUUUUGAGUAUAGUUCUGACAUUUCAAGGAACUUAGGCGUGGGAAUUGAAAGAACCAAUGGAAGGGUUACUGAACAGGGAUAUGAAAAACCUUGGUAUGGAGCUGCCAACGGUGUCUCGGAAACAAUAUCUGGCCAAAAAAAUGGUUUAAGUAUGAAGCAUGCAUUUCCAAAUUUAUCAACGCCAAAGUCCGCCAAUGUUGAUUUGCAUUUACAGCCAACACAGGGCAUUGUAAGUAAAAGCAGCAGUCCAAUGUCUGGCAGCUGGAAAAACUCUGAGGAAGAGGAGUUUAUGUGGGAUAUGCACUCUAGGUUAUCAGAUCAGGAUGCAGCCAAUCUUUCUAAUAACUCCAGGAAAGAUCAUUGGACUCCUGAUGAUUCGGAGAAAUUUGAGUUUGAGAAUCAACUCAGAAAGCCGCAAAGUGCACAUGAGGUUGUGUCAAGUUUUGAUAGAGAAACUUCCUCUGAUUCACUGUCCACUGAACAUAAAGAACAAGUUUCUUUGAGGCGCCGUUUGUCCUCCCCAUGGCGAUUGAAGGAUUCACAUCCAACUGAUGGGCCAAUAAUUUCUGGGACUUCUAUUAUUAAUGCAGGUCAGAAAGAGGGCUAUUCUGCCACUUUUGGGGGGUUGCCUAUGAAUUCAUAUUCCUCUUUGCCAAAAGUGGCCAUUCGACAGCAUACUGGAACCUCAGGCUCUGGGUUAUCAGCCAACACAUCACUGGGGUCGGGGCAACAAGGGUUUCAGUCUAUAGGAGCAGCAUCACCAUCUAGACAGCUGCCCAUGCGUCGACAUCCACCCUCACUCUCUUUUCCAGCACGUUCACGCCAACAAUUGCAAAGCUCUGUGGAGCAAGACCUUUCUCGUCCUGAUUAUAAGGCACAGCAAUUGUCAGGGAAUUUGCUACAUUCGAAUGUUCAGCUUGGUAACUUGCAAAAACUGCAUCCUGAAGACUUGCCUACGUCAUCUCCUUCUCUACCUUCUUUUCAAAACAGCCGCCAGUAUCCUAUGUCACAGCCACGACAAGUUGACUCCAAACAGCUUGAACCCUCUGGUCAUAUUCAAAAGACACAUCUAACUCUAGUUCCCAAAGUUGGUACUCCUUCAUCGUUUGGAAUGUCUACACCAGAUCAUUCAACUCUACUUAGUGCAGAAACUUCAGGCCAGUCAAGCACAAGUAGUUUGUUGGCUGCUGUUAUGAGUAGUGGAAUUCUCUCUAAUAUAACAACUGUUAGCCUUCCUAAUCAAAGUUUUCAGGAUGUCAGGCAAAAUCCAUUGGACUUGAGCAUUCAGCCUUCUAUUCCAAGUGGGCCUCUUUCUCCCCAAAUUGCAUCUUCUGGGCCAAGGGUUAAGUCGGUAUCAGCUCCUCUGUCACAUGAUAUCACAUCGGUCACCUCAAAUGUUUCUCAGAGGAAAGAAGAGCAGCCUCCACUGCCUCGUGGUCCUCCACCUUCAUCUGUACAAACUUCAAGUGCAAUGAAUAAGGAAGAUAAUCAAAUAUCAAACCUUUUAAGCUCAUUAGUUGCCAAGGGUUUGAUAUCGGCAUCAAAGUCGGAGACAUUGUCUCUCUUACCGCCUCAGUUGCAUACUCAAUCACAGACACAGAACCUUUGCAUCGCCAACUCCAGCAACACAUCAACUUCUUCUCUUCCGAUUUCUUCUGCUAUUCCCUGUUCAUCCACCAAAGAUGAAGUUUCAUUGCCCAGGCCAGAUGCUAAAGAGUCUGUUGUGUUGCCUCAAUGCAUUUCAGCAGAGAUAAAAAGUCUCAUAGGAUUGGAGUUUAAAUCAGACAUAAUUCGAGAAUUACAUCCGCCUGUUAUAUGUUCACUCUUUGAUGAUCUUCUGCAUCAAUGCAGCAUAUGUGGCCUUAAACUUAAGCAUAAAGAGAGGCUUGAUAGGCACUUGGAGUGGCACACUUGGGGGAAGCCAGAACCAGAUGGUAUAAAUAAAAUUACAAGGAGAUGGUAUGCAUCUUCAGGGGACUGGAUUACUGGAAAGGCAGAGCUUCCAUUUAGAAUUGAGUCUUCUGUUUUCACAGAUGAGUUAGUGAGGACAAUGGAUGAGAAUGAACCUAUGGUUCCUGCAGAUGAAGAUCAAUGUGUAUGUGUCUUGUGUGGUGAGCUGUUUGAAGAUUAUUAUAGUCAUGAAAAGAAGAAAUGGAUGUUUAAAGCAGCAGUGCACUUGUCACUUACCUUGAGGGAUGGUGGGAUAGGAACUGCAAGUGAGAAUGCUGAGGGUCCCAUCGUGCAUGUGAAUUGUAUAUCAGAAAGUUCAGUUCAUGACUUGGGGCUUGCAAGUGGUAUUGAAAUGGAUAAGGAUGGAUAAUUCCUCAAUUUGAAAACGAGACAGCAUGACUGAUUGGCAGGUAGAAGCUGACUGAGGAAUUUCAGGUUUACGAAUGCAUAAUUUUUAUGAAUGAGCAUAUGAUGAUAAUUUUUCUGUGCAUCAAAAUGGUGCUGAGAGCUGUUGUAAUAUUCCUGCUUGUUUUUGUAUUUUUAAAUCCUUUCCUCCUCCAUUUAUGGUCCAAUAGAAGUACAUAUGAAAGCCAGAUAGUUUACACCUAAACUUUCUUCACUAAUGUGGUUGAUGUGUUUUCUUUUU